AUGAAACUGCUCCUGCUGUUCCUGCUCUGUGUUUCCUCCGUUCAGUCCCAAGGCUCUCUUGACUAUGACGAUGAGGAUGAGAGCCCUGUGGUUGAUGUUCAGGGCCACCCACCCGUGGACAAAAGGCGUGAAAUGGUGCCCACACUCCAACCUGUGGCACCUCCCAUCAGCAGGGCCAGGUACCGGCCGCGGCCCCCGAAGCGGGGGAAGACGGGGGACAAGAAGGAACAGAUCGUCUAUCCUGAUGCUGGAGGCUGCAAGCAUACACUGGAGGAGCUGGGAGUGCUAUGUCCAACUGGAUGUGAGCUACUAGCUACACUGUUAAAACAGGAAAAAACUGUGAAAGCAGUUUUUAAUGAUCUAAAAGUUAAAGUGAACACACUUUCAGAGAGCUCCUCAACUUUCUAUGAAUAUGUGACUGUUCUAGAAGAUAAAUUGGUAAAGAGGCAAAAACAAAGAAAAGACAAUGAUGAUUUACUUUCUCAGUACAACAUAGAAGUGGAAUUGCAGUAUAAUUAUAUAAAGGAUAAUCUGGACAGUAACAUCCCAUCCAGCCUCAGGGUCCUUCGUGCAGUUGUGGAUUCUUUACAUAAAAUACAAAAAUUAGAAAAUGCCAUUGCAACCCAGGUGGACUACUGCCAUUCCCCAUGUUCUGUUUCCUGUAAUAUUCCUGUGGUUUCAGGCAAAAAAUGUGAGGAUAUCAUCAGAAAGGGAGGCGAAACAUCUGAAAUGUACCUCAUCCAGCCAGAUCCUUUCACUAAGCCAUACAGAGUAUACUGUGACAUGGAAACAGAUAAUGGAGGCUGGACUUUGAUUCAGAACUGCCAGGAUGGCAGUGUUAAUUUUGGAAGAGUAUGGGAUCAGUAUAUGUCACUGUGCCCUUAUAAAAAAGGAUUUGGAAAUGUUGCAAAGAGUGGAGGGAAGAACUACUGUGAUACACCAGGUGAAUAUUGGCUUGGAAAUGACAAGAUCAGCCAGCUUACCAAAAUAAGGCCCACUGAAGUUUUAAUUGAAAUGGAGGACUGGAAUGGUGAUAAAGUAUCAGCUCAUUAUGGAGGUUUCACCAUACAGAAUGAAGGGAACAAGUAUCAGCUUUCAGUUAGUAGCUAUAAAGGCACUGCAGGCAAUGCAUUGAUGGAAGGAGCUUCUCAAUUGCAUGGAGAAAACAGGACAAUGACAAUUCACAAUGGCAUGUACUUCAGUACUUAUGACAGAGACAAUGAUGGAUGCAUGAAAAUCCGGCCAUACUUUCCACAGUAA